GUCGCAGUCGCACCACACGACGGACGUCCCAGCGGAAGUGGAGGGGGAGCGUCCAUCCAUCCAUUCCAUUCCAUCUCGUCACGCGCAAGCGCAAGCGGCAAGGGGCCCUCCCCUCUCCUCUCCGCCACGGCGCUGACACCCCGGUCUGACACGAGGGAGGCGGCCGGGAGGUUGUUGUCCGCGAGAUGAUUGUCCCGUUUCAGACGUCGCUGUCGCACGCUCCGCAUCGGUCUCUGAACACGACAUUUACUCGCCAACAGAUGACUGCAAGCAGUGGCGGUCGAGUAGUCACGCCCGUGGAAAGGAGGCUGUCGAUGGCACCGCUGCCUCCCUGCACGAUCUGCCUGGGGUGUCGGCAUGGCACACUCGGGGCUCCAAGGCCGACGGCCGGCCGGGCAUCGUCUCGUCGCGGCGUCGUACAUACAUGCCGCACCGGUUCUUGCUUACACAGCCUGCAUGCAUGCAUGCAUGACAGGGGCGGCGGAACUAGAACUGGCCUGUUCAUCGGUGCCAGGUCGCUUCAAGAGUUUCCUGAUGAAGAACGAAGGAUACACACCACCAGAGUAGCACUGGCACUUUCAGUCAUGGAACCCGAGUUAAUCUGUCAUGGAGACAGACACAGGGACAGGGGAGAGAGGUUUGCUGUCGAUGUCCAUGUCACCUAUUAGCCUAUAUUACUAUUUAGAUACUUCAAGUGUACAAUACAAGGAAGAGAAUAUGUUCCUUUUUUUUAAUUAAGAUGGGAAACCUUUCAGAUC